UUUACAAACAAGCAAAAUGGCCACAACACAGGCCCCAGAGCAGUCCCCAACGGACCUUACGCCGCAGCUCAAACCACAGGAGAUAUCAUUUCCGCUGCCCAAGGCACUCCACACCACCGCACACGUCCAUCUCACCUUCCUGGAGACCUGCGCGAUGGUUUUCCUCUCCACGACCACCCCAGGGGACUCGGCUGGCUCCGUAGCCUCGAUGGGUAGUUUCGUGUAUGCGAUGCCGGAUCGCACCAAUCCGCGCGCGGCGAUUUCCACCACCAUCUAUACCGCGGCCUCGGUGGAAUACACGACGCGGAUCGCUAAGAUCCUGGCUCGUCGUAUGGGGGUCCCUGUGUAUGUGGGGUGUAGCAUCGAUGCCACCGCCCUCGAAUUGACGGUUGAAGAGGAGAUGGAGGGGCUGGUGAAGAUUGUAGAGACGGUUAUGGAGAGAUGGGGAAAGCGGUAGCAGUUAACUAGAUAGGUAGUGUGCUUCUUUAGGCUGUGGUACUGAUUGGAUUUCUAUGACUGUGAUACGCAUUGAGUUAGCUGCAUACAAGACAA